GGAAACAUAUCGACUUGUGCUUUUGCUUUGUGCUCCAUAAUUCCAUUAUCUUACCUCUUUCCAGACCUUAGCCACACACAAAUUUCACAAGUUUAUGUAAAUUUCCGUCGUUGCGGAAGCCACAAAACCACAUAAACACAAAUUUGAUAAAUCGCUGCCCAUGGAAACGGAUGAGAUAAUUGACGUGAGCGACUCGGACAUUGAAUUCGUACAGGAAUACACAGAUUUGGAGCCUGAAAUCCCGUCGUCAUCCAUUCGUGUGAAGCAGGAAAACGCUAAACCGAGUCUCAGUAAGGCACAAAGCACAAGCAGCGUCGUCGAUAUGGAAGUUGAUGCGGAAGACGUGCUCAAAGCAGCAACAAUUGCCGAGGAACGCAAGAACGAGGGCAAUACUUUGUACAAAGUACGGGAAUAUGUCGAUGCUUUGCGUUGUUAUUCGGAUGCCGUUCAAUUGUGUCCCAACAAUGCGCCGUACUUGGGUAACAGAAGUGCUUGUUACAUGAUGCUUGGGCGUUACAACGAAGCACUUAAGGAUGCCCGUCAAAGUGUUCAAAUCGAUCCGAAUUUCGAAAAAGGCUACGUUCGUGUCGCCAAAUGUUGUUUAGCGCUCGGAGAUCUCGUCGGAGCGGAACAAGCGAUUAAAAAACUCCUUGAAAUCGCGACAAAUGGCGAAAAUUUGGUCAAAACUGAAGUUGAUCAGCUCAAACAGCUGCGAGGAUUGGAAGAAAAAGCUCGCGAAUGUUACGACAAGCAAGAUUACCGCACGUGUUUGUACCAAAUGGAACAAGCGUUGAAACUUUCGCCCGUUUGUCGCAAAUAUCAGCUCAUGAAAGGCGAAUGUCUUGCACUGUUGGGUCGUUUAGAUGAGGCCAAUGACAUCGCAAUUACCAUCAUGCAAGUUGAGUCAUCGAAUGCUGACGCAAUUUUCGUGCGUGGCUUGACUUUAUACUACGGCGACAACUUGGAUAAGGGAAUUUUGCACUUUGAACGCGCUUUGGCUCUCGAUCCUGACCACAAACACGCCAAAAUUUGGCGUACAAAGGCAAAAUCGCUGCGUGAAAAGAAGGAAAAGGGCAACGAGUUGUUCAAAAAUUACAAAUUCCGCGAUGCCUUGGCAAUGUACAACGAAGCCCUGCAAAUCGACCCGCUGAAUAAAGACACAAACAGCAAGUUAUACUACAACCGAGCAUUGGUAAACACGAAAUUGGGCAAUUUAAAUGAUGCAGUUGUCGAUUGCAACGAAGCACUGAAAAUAAAUUCUUCAUAUUUGAAAGCUUUGCUGAAACGCGCCAAAUGUUACUAUGACUUGGAAAAAUUCGAGGAAUGUGUUGCCGAUUACGAAGCUGCCUUGAAAAUGGACAAAACGUAUGAAAUCAAAAAUUUACUGCGAGAUGCAAAAUUGGCGCUCAAAAAAUCAAAGCGAAAAGAUUACUACAAAAUUCUUGGAAUCAGCAAAAAUGCCUCGGAUGACGAAAUAAAGAAAGCAUACCGAAAACGAGCUUUGAUUCAUCAUCCAGAUAGGCAUUCCAACGCCUCAGAUGCGGAAAAGAAGGAACAAGAAAUUAAAUUCAAGGAGAUCGGAGAAGCUUAUGCGAUUUUAUCAGAUCCGAAUAAAAAAGCUCGAUUCGAUAGCGGACAAGAUUUGGAUGAUAAUAUGUCAGGAGGAGAUUUCGAUCCAAGUAACAUCUACAGACAAUUCUUCUUUGACGGAUCAGGUCCCGGAUCGUCGUUUGGAGGAGGAAGUCCUUUUGGAGGCUUUGGCGGAGGCGGAUUUUCAUUCAAUUUUGGUUAAAAUUUUACUUUUUAAACUAAAUUUAAAACUUACCAAUUAAUUGUUUAACAAAACUCACAAGAAAAUUUUUUAUACAUUUUAAACGAAAAAUUGUAAUUUACAUAAAAGACAAAAAAAAACGAUAUUUGAGCACAGAAUUAGAAUCAAAAUUAGUACAAUGAAUGGUUUAAUACGUAAAAUAAAAAUGGUAACACAG